AGACAGUGGUAUACAGACGUUUCUGUGCAUUUGCUUCUUUUAAAAAAAAACUAAAGCUGUUUUUGCAGGAAAGGUACCGUGAUCAGACAGAAACAUUCCAAAAGGAUCAUGUGAGAAUUCAUUGGGAAACUACAUUACUGCCAGUACAUGAUGCAUUCCAAGCAAACAAUACUUUCAGGAUCUGGAAGUUUUAGCCAGAAGAAGCUACAGUUUUUUCUUUUGUUCUAAGAGGAUAAUCUUUGCAAUGACUAGUCUCUGUAGAAUAUGUUCAUUGGUAGUAGUGCUGCAGCUAUUACACAUUUAUUCUCUGGGAAUUUAUUCAUUUAAACAUCAGAUAGGUAAAGCCAAUGUGAAUUUCUCUACUAAUAGCAAGCCAUUUCCUUGGAACAAGCUGAGGCUUCCUGAUAUGGUAAUCCCAAUCCAAUAUGAUCUCUGUGUCCACCCUAAUCUUUCUUCUCUACAUUUUACUGGACUGGAGAGGAUAGAGAUCCUUGUGAGAAAGGACACUAGCUUUAUCAUCUUGCACAGCAAAAGCCUUGAAAUCACCAGUGCAGUUCUUCUGCCCAAAGAUGGUUUGGAGUCCAGGAAACCAGGAAAACAGCUUCAAGUUUUAGAGCAUCCUGCACAUGAGCAAAUUGCCCUGCAGGCUCCUGAAGUGUUAACAGCUGGUCAGCGAUACCUGAUUGUCAUAGAGUUUCAUGCACAACUGGCAGAUGGUUUUGAUGGAUUUUACAAAAGUACUUACAAAACUCGUGAUGGGGAAACAAGGAUAAUAGCCACUACAGAUUUUGAGCCUACCUCAGCACGAAUGGCUUUUCCAUGUUUUGAUGAACCAUCUUUCAAAGCCAAAUUUGCCAUCACAAUAAGGAGAGAGAAAAAACAUAUUGCAUUGUCCAACAUGCCAAAGAUUAAAACAAUUGAACUCAAAGGAGGUCUGUUGGAAGAUCAUUUUGAAGUCACUGUUAAAAUGAGCACUUACCUUGUAGCCUACAUAGUUUGUGAUUUUAAGUCUGUGCAGACUACAACAUCAUCAGGAAUCAAGGUAUCCAUCUACGCAUCACCUGACAAAUGGAAUCAAGCACAUUAUGCCUUAGAAGCGGCAGUGAAACUACUGGAAUUUUAUGAGAAGUACUUUAAUAUUAGCUUUCCCUUACCAAAACUGGAUCUUGUUGCUAUCCCUGAUUUCCAAUCAGGAGCUAUGGAAAAUUGGGGUCUCAUCACAUAUAGAGAAACUUCACUGCACGUGAUAGGCCAUGAGUUAGCACAUCAGUGGUUUGGUAAUCUGGUUACUAUGGAAUGGUGGAACGACAUUUGGCUAAAUGAAGGUUUUGCCAGAUUCAUGGAGUUGGUAUCUAUUAAUGCUACAUACUCAGAGCUGCAGAUUGAGGAUUACUUUCAGAAUGUAUGUUUUGGUGCAAUUGCAAGGGAUUCAUUACAUUCAUCUCAUCCAAUCUCCAACCCAGCAGAAACGCCUAUUCAAAUAAAGGAAAUGUUUGAUACUGUAUCCUAUGACAAGGGAGCUUGUAUUUUGAAGAUGCUCAAAGAUUUCCUAUCGGAGGAGGUGUUUCAAAAAGGAAUAAUUCACUACUUGAAGACAUACAGCUACACAAAUGCAAAGAAUGAUGACUUGUGGAACAGCAUGGCCAAUACAUGUUCUGAAAGUGAUUUCUCUUCUGGCAACUUUUGCUAUACAGCUUCUAGGCCCCUUGGCAACACAUUCGGCCAUAUGGGAAAACUUAUGGAGAUCAAAGAGAUGAUGAACACUUGGACGCUUCAGAAAGGGAUCCCACUGGUUCUUGUUAAAUGUGAAGGGAAGACCCUAAGAUUGCGACAGGAGCGCUUCCUUAAGGGUGUUUUUGAAGAAGACCCUGAAUGGGCUAAUUUGCAGUCAAGGUAUUUUUGGCAUAUCCCACUCACGUACAUCACCAGCAGCUCUGACACUGUUCACAGACACAUAUUAAAAACAAAGACAGACACUCUAGAACUGGAAGGAGAGGUCACCUGGAUUAAAUUCAAUGUGGACAUGAAUGGCUAUUACAUUGUGCACUAUGAAGGGAAUGGCUGGAACAACAUCAUUAAACUGUUAAAUCAGAACCACACCCUUUUCAGCCACAAAGACCGAGCGAACUUGAUCCACAAUGCAUUUCAACUGGUCAGUGCAGGAAGGUUAUUGCUGGACACAGCCCUUGAUCUGACGCAGUAUCUCCAACAUGAAUCCAGUAAUGUAGUACUUCUGCAAGGCCUGAGCUACCUGGAAAUGUUCUACCACAUGAUGGAGAGACAAAAUAUUUCUGAUGUCACACAAAACCUUAAGCAGUACAUCCUACAGCAUUUUAAGCCAGUGAUUGACAGGCAGACGUGGCGUGAUGAGGGCUCCGUCUCUGACAGAAUACUACGUUCUGAUCUCCUGAGGCUUGCCUGUGAGCUACAAUAUCCUCCCUGUAUCCAGAAGGCAAAUGAGCUUUUCAGCCAGUGGAUGGAAUCUGGUGGGACAUUAAACGUUACUACAGAUGUUCUAAAGACAGUCUACUCGGUUGGAGCACAGACAAUGGCAGGGUGGAAUUAUCUACUGAAGCAAUAUAGUCUGUCAAUGUCAGGAGCAGAAAAGAAUAAAAUUCUGUAUGCUUUGACAACCAGCAGGCAUUGUGAGAAACUGACAAAGUUACUUGAGCUGGGCAUGGAAGGUGAGGUUAUCAAGACUCAGGAUCUAGCAGCUCUAGUUCAUGCUAUUGCCAGAAAUCCAGAGGGACAAAGACUUGCUUGGAAUUUUGUGAGAGAAAACUGGGACAAACUCCUUAAAAAGUUUGAAUUAGCCUCUUUUUCUAUAAGAAUUAUUAUUACUGGCACUACAUCUCACUUUUCCUCCCAAGACAAGCUAGAAGAGGUGAAACACUUCUUUAGGACUUUGGAGGACCAAGGAUCACAGCUAAAAAUCACUGAAGUUGUGUUGGAAACCAUAACAAAAAAUAUUAGAUGGUUGAAAAGGAAUCUCAACAGUUUAAGGAACUGGCUGCUAAAUAAUGUUUAAGCCAUACUCCAAAGUAGAGAAGGAUUACAGUUUAAUUGUUCCUUUUCACUCCCCACUGUAGUAAUGUAGGUUUGAAUGCACUGUUUCCUCAGAAUCCAUAUUUGCACAGGAUAGCUAUUUUGAUAACCUCAAAGAUGUUACAGAAAGUUUUUUUUCUGAUCCAGAGCUGGCUAAGGAAAAAGGACCUAUUGUGAAGAAUGCCUAUGAACUGUUUCAAUAAUUUGUCACAAUGUAAUGGUGUAAAUAUCUAUCUGAUGAUGUAUUAAAUUUUAGUGUUGCAAAAACACAGCCAGUUGCCCCUGUUCUUAGAUAGAUACAUUUUUUGUUAUACACAAAGAAACAUUGUGGCUAUGUAGCCAGAUUUUCAGAAGCGGCCACUAGGUACCUCAGUUUGAGGGCUCAACGUGAGGCAUUAUGUAUCUCCUUUCCACUAGGUGCCUAAGGAUCCUGAGUCCACAAGAAAGUGCCUCCCCUCAUUCUCCUAAACUGCUCAUUUUCCAUCUAAGAAUCACACAGUGAGGUUUAUAGAACCUCUUCCCAAGCAUGGGGUACUAAAGAUUAUGAAAUUUCUCUGUUCUUUGCAGCAGAACUAGUUGGUGGGAGUGGCUGUUCCUACUCCAGCACAGUUGGUAGGCUUCUAAUGCCACCCAUGAUUUUGUGCUAUCAUUUAGUAGUUGUUUGAGUUUAUUAUUAAAUUGUGAGCCUGUUGGAUAUAUACUUUGCUUUUAUGUUU